CAGGCGUGAAUGACAGAGGACGUGCCCCAGACUGCACUUACGGACGUAAACCUGCGCCUGCUCUGCCACGAUGACAUAGACACAGUGAAACAGCUCUGUGGCGACUGGUUCCCAAUAGAGUACCCUGACUCAUGGUACCGAGAUAUCACUUCCAACAAGAAGUUCUUUUCCCUCGCAGCCACGUACAGAGGCUCCAUCGUGGGAAUGAUAGUGGCAGAGAUCAAGAGCAGAACAAAGGUGCAUAAAGAGGAUGGAGACAUCCUAGCUUCCAAUUUUCCUGUGGACACUCAAGUUGCUUACAUCCUCAGUCUUGGUGUGGUGAAGGAGUUCCGAAAACACGGAAUAGGUUCACUCCUGCUGGAAAGUCUGAAAGACCACAUCUCCACAACCGCCCAGGAUCACUGCAAAGCCAUCUACCUGCACGUCCUCACCACUAACAACACAGCAAUAAACUUCUACGAAAACAGGGACUUUAAGCAGCACCACUACCUUCCCUACUAUUAUUCCAUCAGAGGGGUCCUCAAAGAUGGCUUCACCUACGUCCUGUACAUCAACGGCGGGCAUCCGCCCUGGACAAUCUUUGACUACCUGCAGCACAUCGGCUCCACGCUAGCCAGCCUGAGCCCGUGCUCGAUUCCCCAGAGGAUAUAUCGACAAGCCCAGAGCCUCCUCUGCAGCCUGCUGCCCUGGUCUGGCAUUUCUGCCAAGAGCGGCAUUGAAUACAGCCGGACGAUGUGA